AUGACAAGCCACCUGUUAGCUCUCCUGCUCUCCCUAAUUGCUGUUAUCCUACCCCCAAGAUGUGGCUGCACGGACAUUAUCAGAGGACACAUCGUGCAUCCUCAUUCCUGGCCUUAUAUGGCUGCUAUCCAGGUAAAGAAUUCAACUGUGUGUGGAGGAGCUCUUGUGGAAAAGCAAUGGGUUUUGACAGCAGCGCAUUGUGAAUUAGACAAAUCAAAAAUUAGAGUUGUUCUUGGAGCCCAUCAAGCAUCUGUAGCUGAAAAAGAACACAGAUUUAAGGUUAUGAAGUCCUUUCCGAAUCGUCAGUUUAGCGGGUCUUCCAAAGAAAAUGAUAUAAUGCUCCUCAAGGUAUUGUCUGGUGGUAUUGCAAAGCUGAAUAAAUACAUGCAACUGCUGCCUCUGCCUGUCUCUUGUGAAGAUAUCAAACCUGGCACAAAGUGCAAAGUGGCUGGCUGGGGACUCAUCUCUCCAGAAAAGCCGUCAGAAUAUCUUCAGGAAACAACUCUUGAGAUUGUUGAUAGAAAAAGCUGUGAGAAGAAAUAUGGAAAAAACGUAGAAAUAACCAGAAACAUGUUGUGUGCUGCGGGGAAAAAUAUAUUUUUUAAGAGAGACACUUGCCAGGGAGAUUCAGGUGGGCCGUUAAUCUGUGCCGGUUGAUACAGUGGGAUUGUUUCUAUUGGAAAAGGAUGUGGAAGAAGAGGCAUGCCUGGAGUUUAUACACGACUGACUGAAAAAUAUAUUGACUGGAUAAAAAAAAUAAUUUCCCUUCACAGAGAUCCAUGA